AUCAGGCAUAAAAUAUUUGUGAGAUUCGGCACUAUGACUUAAAGAUGAGAUUUAGUGCUAUUGAGUUUGGGUUGUGCGGAUUUGAAUCCAACAAUAGGUUAAAUAGAUUAAUUAGAUUGAAAAUUGUAAUUGUUCAAACCUAAUUUUGGAGAUAAUUAUAUAAAAUAUGAUUUUUUUUGCUUUUUUAUUGAUAUUAUUGACCGGAAAACCAACGCAUGCAAUUUUCUCAAGGCGGAUGACUUAUAACGGUAUGUAAUUUUCAAUAUAAACACUAUACCGGUUUUCUGUAUAUUAUAACGGUUCUGAGCAAUUGUAUAAAGGGAUCCGUGGUUCAUGCCCCCCGACCUCGUUCCAGAUUGUGCUCUCUCUCUCUCUCUCUCUCUCUCUCUCUCUCUCUGGGGCGAUUCUUCAUCGCAGCGUGAGAGAUGGCGGCGGCGACGGCAGCAGGAGGUGGUGGGAAGGUCUCGUUCAAGGUGAUCCUGACAUCCGAUCCGAAGCUACCCUACAAAGUUUUCAACGUACCUGAGGCGGCGCCCUUCACUGCGGUGCUAAAGUUUGCGGCAGAGGAGUUCAAGGUCCCUCCUCAGACCAGCGCCAUCAUCACCAAUGAUGGUGUGGGAAUUAACCCGCAACAAAGUGCUGGUAACGUGUUUCUGAAGCAUGGCUCAGAGUUGCGUCUCAUACCUCGCGACAGAGUUGGAGGGAGCGUAUCAGAUGGUUACUGCUACUAAUUUUUCAGCACUUUGGAGUCUGCCUCUGCGACUACGAGAGGUUAAAACUAUAUCCUGGAACUAUGGUUACUGCUCUGUAAAAUCUAUCGUAGAACGAUUUCCAAUAUUUAUGUAUUGGAUUAUGGUAAGAGUAGAAAAUGCAACAUGAGCCUAAUAAAAAUAACUCUUUACCUGA